CCGAACAUUUCUCCUGCUUGUGACGCGGGGUAAUGCCGGCUUUCGGCCAACCUGAAUGCUGGAAUGGCUACAGGGGUAGAGCCACGAGGGCUGGGGUUUGUGGCUUCAGCUUUGCCGCUAAAGACUCGACUAUGGAGCGCCGCUUUAUUGGCGCCGAACGCUGGUCACUGGCUGUUGCUCGUUGGAUUUGGCAGGCGAGAGAGCAUCUCCGACCCGUGGCAGCGGUUUCUUGGCCUGGACGGAUAUCUUGUGCCCGGCAACACUUGGGCAUAUCCGAGUGGCGGGCGUUCAAAUAGCCUCAUUGGAUCUCCAGUUUACCGUUAGAAUUUCACCUUGAGAACUCCGUAGCGGACUAUUGUUAUUGCUCGAGACUACCAGGGGGGUCAUCAAUCAUGAUAUUGGAUUCCAAAGUUACCGAGGCCACGAUCCAGGCCACGCUGCUCAAUGGAUUAUCUGGAGUAUGCGCUCAGGGCAUCACCGCCUACAGGACCAAGUCGUUCGAUGAAGUCGAGCUAGAAUCCAUUCUGCGAUUUGUCAUAUAUUCAGCUCUUGUUACACCCCCCAACUACAAGUGGCAAGAAUUCCUGGAACGCAAAUGGCCGUCCAGAACAACUAUCGAUGAACCUUCUUCGGACUCAAAAUCGGAUUCAAAAUCAUCGGAAAAGCUCAGCCAGACCGUAGUCAAAGACCGCCUCAACUUAACUAAUACGGCAGUCAAGUUCAUAUUAGACCAGUCGAUUAGCGCACCACUUAAUACGGUAGCCUUUCUAUAUCUCAUGGGUGGUAUGACAUUCCAGAGUAAUGCUCAGAUUUGGAGCAAUAUCCAGAAUGAUUUCUGGCCCAUGCUAAUUGCGGGAUAUCGCGUGUGGCCCCUCAUUGGGCUGUUGAACUUGAGUGUCGUGCCAUUUGACUACCGGCAGCUAGUUGGCAGCACGGCGGGCUUGUUUUGGGGAAUUUUCUUGAGUCUGAACAAAAUGACAUAGAGAGAUGGACAUCAUACAGAUACAGUAGCAAUUUGGGCGUAUAGAGUAUACAGUAUACUGAUGAUACCAGAAGAAUUCACCAUGAGCACGGC